AUGCCUGGAAUGAGUUGGAAGUUAGCGCUAGUAUGGCUGGGUUGUGUUUUGGUAGGGUUUGCUGUGGUAUUGGGUAGUAGUGAUAGUAGCUCAGAUUCUAACCCAAUAGCAAUGUGGCAAAAAACAAAUGCCAAUGCACUAACUGCUUUAGCUCCCAUAUUGCCUGACGACAAACCACAGACAGAGGCAUGCGAAUUUGGUGUUUCUGACCAAUCUAGCCCAACUAGCUCAGCACCCAAUACUAACUCGAUAGAGGAAAGAAUGCGCUUUUGUUUGAAGCGGCUGAAUCUAUUUCAUUUCGUUGUAGGAAGCCCAAUAGUAGAACAUCUUUAUUCAGACAACUCCAUAGACUGGACCCUUGAGUUGGGUUCAAUGGAGAGUAGAAUGCAGCUAUUAGAAGACCUGCACGUCGAGGUGCUCAUAGACUAUCUGUGUACAUUGUUAGAAAUGCCGGGUGUAGUUAAAGUUGCUACCAAAUAUAUGUGUGAGAAGGAAAGAAUGGCUGAUUUUUCGUGCUAUAUUAUCCCAGAUCUCAACUCGAUUUGCACUAGCACGGGCGAGGAGUCGAUGGACUACAGACAAUGUCUAAAGGACUUAAAGCCGUUGAAAAGAAUCACUAGUUUAGAUAGAAUGAUAAUUUGCGGAGAAUCGACUGAGGAUAAGAUACUUGACCAACUUGAGCUGCUACUGUAUCUACUGCGGAUUAUGGAUGUUCCUGCAAUCACAAUAGACUGGAUAGACAAGAGUAAAGUCUUACUUGACGCGGAAUCAAUGAAUAGGUUUAGACCUUUACUGAAGGACAUCCCAGAGGGGUUAAGGAGACGAGAGAUUAGCUUUGAUGUUCGCAGAGGAGAUAAUCAUGAGUUUUGGGACGCAUUCCUUAAGUUGAUCAAAGAACACUACGAUAUUGAAGAGUAG